UUUUGUGUCAGUCUCAGCUACUUGCUCUUCUUGUCUUCUUGAGAGUCAAUCUAGUGAGAAUUGUGCAUUUUUCUCCCUUUACGAAAACCACCAACACCAAAGUGUCCAAACCAAAUUUUAUUAAAAUGGCAUCACUGAAAAUCAUUGUUUUGUUCGUCGCUGCUAUCGUCGGUAUUGUAAGUGCGGCAUCUGCUCCUCUAGCUGCCCGUGCUGUACCACAAAAUCAGGCUGAGGUCCUGCAAGGUAGCGGUGCCGAAGCUCCUGGAGACCUCAAAGGAUCUGCCUCAUACGGUUACGGUUUCUACGGAUAUCCCGGCUUCGGUUAUGGCGGUGGACUUGGCUAUGGCUACCCAUACAGCUUCGGAUAUGGAGGAUAUGGAGGUUGGGGCGGAUACUACGGCGGAUACCCAUACUACAGGAACUGGGGUGGUCUCUAUGGUGGCUACUGGUACUAAAUGACCAAAAACUGUUCCAGAUUUUUUCACCGACCAUCCGAUUAUGCGAAAAAAAAGAGCUUCAAAUCCUCCGUUCUAUUCUUUCACACACCUAUACACUGCUUUUAUACUUUACAUCGUAAUCCCAAGACUUUAGAACAUGAUUUACUAUGACUCAGACUCUUCGGCAUAAGGCGGAAAAUCUGCGACAGUUUUCUCUCCAUGUACACACAUUUGAAAUGGAAAUUGACUCAUUUUCUUUUCUUGUUAGAUUUCAUCAACUAAUCAAAGGAUCUCAGUGGCCAUCAAUUGGUAAAUCAUAAGAAAUUGACGUUGGAAUGAUAAAUGAACAAAAUAUGCAUUAAUUUAGUAUCAUAAAGUCUCUUCUCUAUCCUAUACCCAUCACUUUCCCUUUCAUUUGUGUGUUAAAUUGUCCAACUUUUUGAGAACAAAAUGUCUGUCGCUGAAGAAUAUCGCUCAAUUUACAACUUUUUUUGUAUAAAAUGUUUAUACCUGUUUUUUUAGAUCUAUCUUUAUUUUUCUUUGUAAUAAAACUUUCUUCUCUAUAA